AUUUGUUACUUCAAUAUGAGGUAUGUGUUAUCUGUGGUUUGCAUUAUGGCGUCUGCUUCAAGUACCAGUGCUAGAAGUCUGUUUGUAGAUUCGAAAUUACGGCUUGCAGAUCGAGUACAAGUGAAUGUCAAUAACAUAGCGUCAGUGGCGAGGCAAAUACAACGUGGAGCAAGGUCAAAUGAGGUAUUGAUGCAUGCAGCAAGGAACUUUGCUUUACAAGAACAUGCUAUUGAAAAUACAGAAUCUUUUCCUGAAUCGGAGAAUGAAUGGAAAGAAUUUGGGUUGUAAUUUGAGAAAAGACUACAAUUUCCAAUCUGUCGGCACAGACGAUGGGAAACACAUUUGAAUUGUUCUCCCACCUGGAAGUGGGUCAUAUUUUUGGAAUUACAAAGGAUUUCACAAUGUAGUUCUGAUGGUAGUCACUAAUAGCAAUUAUGAGUUAAUAUUAUUUGAUGUUGGAACUAACGGAAGCAUUUCAGAUGGUGAUGUUAUCAACAAUACAACAUUUUACAAAGCAUUAGUGGAAGGUAAAUUGAAAUUACCACCUGAAAACAACAACAAUCUUCCUCCAUACGUUUUCAUUGGUGAUGAAAAUAUUUUUUGAAAUCGUACAGUGAAAAGGAGUAGAAGCAUGACUGCUUACAUUUCAGUUAAGCAGUGCUAGGUGAAUUAUAGAAAAUGUAAUUGGAAUCCUGGCCAACUGGUUUCGAGUGUUUCAUACAGCACUUGGGGUAUCAUUAGAUAAUGCUGAAUCCAUGAGUGUUUGAGCCGUGCAUAACUUUUUACGCAAAAAAUACCCCAGUUCUUACUGCGACUUUCUCAGUAAUGAUAAUGAUUAAGCAAAUUCAAGUAGUUAAGACACAGAGGACAUAAUAGAUACAGCAGUAAAUAAGGUAAACAAGUGCGAGAGUUAUUUCUGGAAUAUUUUAAAAACAAUUGACUUUUGCAGCGAGAAAAGUGUCCCCAUUGAAAAUUGGGGUUUUUAAUCUGGAUAGCUACAUGUUAUAAUAAGUUGCCUGAAAAUAUAUAUUUGUUUGCUACCAA